CCUCCUCACAGCUCAGCUCACCAAUAAAAAAAAGCGAUUAUUCUGACAGGAAGCUGUUAUUAAAAAAAAGAGACGAGAGAGAAUUAGAUGACAGGACACAAAGGGGGCACACAGUGACAGGGUGGUCGCGCCAGAUAAGAGAGGAAGAGCAUGAUAAGUGCAAAUGCAAUUUACUUUGUGUAACGCCUACAGCUCAAGGACGGACGAGGAAAGCAAACACAGGCGAGACUGAAGAGGAGGAGGAGGAGGGGGGCUCGGUUUGAAGAGAAAGGGCUACGGGGAAGCUACACCGACGUGAACCGCGGAUACAUUUUUCGGAAAACCAUGGCUUGAACACGGAGGAGUCCGUCCGCGCUGGUAAAACUGCAGCAGGAAGGAAGAAACACAUAAUAAAAAAAAAAGGCCUCGCGCCCAUGGAGCUCCGAGCUCUUUAAACCAACACGAGACCUCCCUGACAGGCAGCGAGCAGGAGAAGGGACACUUUAUUCACAGUUGAAGGAAUUAAUGGGAUCACAAGUGUCCUCUGAUGAGAUGAGUGUGCGUGCUGGCCAGGGCAGUGACGAGGUGCUGGUUUCCCAGGCGGUGUGGGACUACCUGGCUGCAGCCGGGCGGCCGUGGCUCAUUGACUUCCAGCACAAGCAGGGGAUGAGCGCUGGGAUCAUCAGGCGAGGCGAGAGGGGGGGCUGCUGUGCCGUGCGACUGCAGCCCGUGGACGGCUUGAGGAACGCCAGAUCCGGAGCCAUGGAUGGACCCAUCUCUAGCGAGACGCGGAAAGCCUUCAUAGACUUGUGCCGAUGUGCCCGGAAAGAAAUGAGCAAACAGGAAGGGGCCCCCCGGAGGAAGAGGGUCCUGCUGCCUUGUGUUGGGGCCCUGGAGCAGAAUGUCGAGGGGAGCCUUCUCCAGCCUCCACCUCCCCAACCCCGGCGCUCCCAGAGACAGCAGCAGAGGUUCAGGAAGCCCGUUGAUAAGGAGGCGUGUGCUGCGCUCCACGAGGCAUCCCAGAAGAAGGACCUGGACCCGGGCAUGACCUCCCACACCGAGUCCGAGGACAGCAACACUUGUUCGAUUUGCAUGGGGGAGAUCGUUGAGAAGACCACGCUGGAGAAAUGCGGCCAUUCGUUCUGUCGCUCUUGCCUGGAACAAGCCUUUAAGGUGAAGAAAGCGUGUCCUGUGUGUCGACUUGUGUACGGGCAGCUGAUUGGGAACCAGCCUGUCAACGGUUCAAUGAUUGUGGAGAGAGAUCCUGAUCUGGGGCUUCCUGGCCAUGAAGGCUUCGGGUGCAUCUGCAUCAUCUACAGCUUCCCUCCCGGCUUACAGACACUAGAACACCCCAACCCUGGUGUUCGAUACCCAGGAACAGACCGCGUGGCCUACCUCCCUGACAGCCCCGAGGGGAACCGCGUGCUGGGCCUGCUGCGCCGGGCCUUCGAACAGCGCCUUAUCUUCACCAUCGGUACCUCCAUGACUACAGGCUUGCAAAACGUCAUCACCUGGAAUGACAUUCACCACAAGACCUCAAUAUUCGGUGGGCCGCGCUGCUUUGGCUACCCAGACCCCACUUAUUUGGUGCGAGUGACCGAGGAGCUCAGAGAGAAAGGCAUCACAGCAGACUGACCAAAUUAAGAAGGGAAAAAAAAAGAGACAGAUUCUUCCAGGACUAUUGGACUUUCUGAGUCCUUGCUGGUGGACCCGACUCAGCUUCAGGUUUUGCUCUGUGUCUGCCCGCCACAUAAAAGAUGGCUUAAGACAAAAACCUCACGAGACAGACGUCUAAUGCUGCAGAAGAGCCCAUAUCKCCUCCACUGAUCGUUCAUUUUAUUAAUUUGUUGUUUUCUGCAGAGUUCGGCCUAUCUGAUGCCACAUGUGGAAGAAAACGCAUUAAAUGCAGUGUCAGAAAAUCUCAAGCAGGAAACUGACCUGACAUGGGAUGCAAUUCUUUAAGAGCUUGUUGGGAUUCAUGGUAAUCGUUUAUUAUUUGGGAAAUCAGUUUGUUAUUUUGAGGUUUUAUUUUCUUCCCUGCGGUAGCUCAUUGGUCAGUGCCACGGCCUUCGGGCAUCCAGUGUAAAAAAAAAAAACACCAAAUCUUCCGUUCAAGUUCACACCGUGUGGUGACCCCUCCAAGAGGGAGCAGCUGAAGCAAAGCAACCCCCACCCCCGACUUCAGCUCUAAAAAGCACACAUCCUUGGUUAGAUUUCCCAACAAUGUUAGUUUGAACAAGUUUAUUAAUUAUCUGUUGUAUGAUUGUAUUUGGUUCAUGUGGCAACAAAGCUCUGCUUUUUAGAACCAGAUUUACUUUGUUUUUUGAUUCCACAAUCUAAAGCACUCACAGGCACUUUGGUAAGUUAGUUAGGGUUUUUUUUUCGUGAAGUCGAAGUAAUUUGGAUUUUUACUUCUCUUAUUGAUGAAGGGUGCUCCUGGCCAACAGCUUUGUGAAGCCAUCACCUAUUGGCUGGGCAAGUUAAAGCCAGUUGCUUUGAAAACUUCAUUUGUGUGUGAUCUUCAUCUCCAGACAUAUUUCUACGUGAAUAAGAGGAAUGUUGAAGCGAUGUCUCAUUGCAGCACUUUUUGGCAUGCAUCGAACAGUUCUUGCUGGGUUUUUUUUCCAGCCGUAACUCCUGUUGUUUUAAGAUGUCUCCCAGGCGUUGAGCCCAUUACCUCACUUGCUUGUAACGCGCUCCUCUUGAUUACCAGAUUUUAUGACGAUGUCAACCACUAAGGGCAUAUAGACCACUUGAACCAAAUCAAAGGCACAAAAGCUCUUUAAAUAUCUAUGCUUCAGUCCCUGUCACACUGGGAGACUUGCCUAUUGAUCUUCUUAUUUGAAACGAGCUAACGCUCGAAAAUUCAUUGAAAUCGAACCCACAACAAUGUUGGGGUUAAAAUGUUGCAGGAACAAUUGAUUUAAGGUGGGAUACUAAUCUCAUUUUGUUGUGCCUUUUCUAUAUUCAGUUUUGAUUUGAAAGAAGUCGAGCAUGAUGGCUUCAGUGAAGGAUGGGGUGUAUUUUGAUGUUAAGAAACUUUAUGUUUCUGUACCAGUUGGCAUUUCGUACAAAUGUGACACCGUUUAUAAAAAUGUACGUUAUUGUUUUACCAAAUUUUCUUCUUCCACAAAAUAGUUAUCUUCCAAAUGCUGACCCUGAUAUAACUACGUUUGUGUUUGCGAUGUUCAGCGACCUGUUUGGCUGCAUAGAUCAUAUCUGUUCAUCUGAUACUUUCCAUUUGUUUUGCCCCCUUUGUUUUCGUUAAGGGACCAACUGAGUUGGUUUUGGGACACAGGAUUGUAGUUUAUUAAAGCUACUGUGCAAACCUUUCUAUGCAUUACCACACUGAGGAACAGGUGGACAGAGGAAACCCUCCUCCCCGGAGUUACACAAUGAUUGUAAAGGAGUUUUGCUCUUACUUUGUUGAAAUCCAGAAUUAUGUGCCCCGCAUUUUAAUACUUGAAUAAAAAGUUCUGUUUUGGUUUGUCUGGGACAAUAAA